AUGAAGAGGCCAUGCUCCUUCCCCAUACGCACUUCGUCUUUGCGCCUGUUUCUUCCUCAUUGUCUUUCGGCCACGGACAAGGCAGGCCUGCCGUAUUUCAACCGUUAUUCCUCCCGUGCCUUCUCCACUGCGUCUAAAUCAAGGGCGCCGACAGCGAGUACAAGUCGGGUUUUGUAUGAGCCUAUUGAGAGCGUGGAACGAAUGGAAUAUUACCAGAAGGGUGGCUACCAUGCUGUGGAAAUUGGCAACUACUUUCAUGAUCGCUAUCGUAUCGUUCACAAACUCGGUCACGGCACAUACUCAACAAUCUGGCUAGCCCGGGACGAGAUAUCUAACCGAUAUGUUGUUGUCAAGAUUUGUACGGCGGAUUCGGACCCUCUUGAGACCGAUGUACUGUCCCAGCUAUCAGAACCUCUAAAGUCAUCAGAUAUAGACAAAACGAUGAUACCUAUGAUUUUAGAUAGGUUCAAUAUCCAAGGCCCCAACGGUAACCACGCCUGCCUGGUAACAAUCCCGGCACGGAUAAGCUUAUCUGAGGCAAAGAAGGGAUCAUGGAUAGGCCUGUUUCAGAUUAAUAUAGCUCAUGCACUGGCAGUACAGCUCGCGACGGUGAUCCAGUAUAUACACUCGGAAGACUUUAUUCAUAGAGACCUUUAUCGUGGAAACAUCCUCCUCCAACUCCAAUCCAACUUCGAUAAGCUGUCUACUAAGCAGCUAUAUGAGCUGUAUGGAGAGCCGGAACUUAAGCUAGUUAAUUAA